AUGAGCGCUGAAGGAAGGAUUCGCAAACGCAUCCCCAAGUCAUGUAAACGCUGCCACCGGCGCAAGCAGCGAUGCGUCGGCUAUCCGACUUGUACCGGCUGCGAAUCCGCCAAGCAGCCCUGUCUGCGAUCCGAGUCCGUUCCAUCCUGGCACCAUGCCAUGUCCAAGGGGGCAUUGGUGCAUCGCAUUGAAGUGCUUGAAGCACAGCUGGCUGCUGCACUGGAACAAAUUCCUCCGGAUUCGGAUGCGCCACAGGAACAGAUUUCGACGGGCACAAAACCGCAACAACGUGACUCCCGAGCUGGUGUGGUCUCGAUGAUGGCAAUGAGCCAUGAGGGGAGCGAGAAUCUGGCAUAUCUGGGUCCCUCAUCGGGCAUGUCCAUUGCAGAGGAUCUGGGCCGUCUGGUGCAGAACGCCGUCUGGCUUAGGUCCAUCCCCAUCAAUGGCAGCCACCUUCAAGCUCUGCCUUGCGAGAGAACCGCAGCCAGCACCACAUUACCAAGCGAUGCUGUUGGGAUACGACUUCUCAAUGCAUACUUCAAGGACAUGCAUACGCGUCUCCCGUUCCUGGAUCGCUCAGAGCUGAUGCAGCUGCAUGCGACCGUUCAGAAGCCUCAGUCGGAUGUGACGAGCGAGGCUGCACGGUUCAAAUUAUUCAUGGUAUAUGCCAUCGGUGCAGCUAUCCUACAAAUGACCGAGACCUACGACUCCACGCCGCCAAGCGCCUUUGUAGCGACGGCACUACAGCUGGAACCUUCACUAGGCGAAUCGCAAUCCUACACGAAUCUCGAAGCCCUCAUGUUACUGGUCCUCUAUCACAUGCGAACAUCUUCUGCCACGCGAGUGUGGUAUCUUAUCGGUCUAGCCAUGCGCAUCUGUAUCGAUCUAGGAUUGCACCGGGAAUCACAGUAUCGAAGAAUGCGACCGUACGAAGGGCAGGUGCGCCGGCGGUUGUUCUGGUCCGUCUACCUGGUUGAGCGAUACGUGGCCUGGUCAUUGGGACGGCCGUUCAGUGUUCCGGAAGACGAAAUCGAUGUCCAUGCGCCGGCUGAUCUGGAUGAUUCGUGUACCAGUGACCAGCUGAUUGAAGAGGCACUACGGAAUUCAGUGGCUCCGCUUGAGCCGGCGCGAGGAAGGAGUCUUCGGAGGUUCAUCGCCUUGACUCGGUUGCAGCGCAUAAUGUCACAGAUCCAUACCCGGAUUUACCGGACAGAUAAGAGCACCGCAGCGCUGGUCCCGGAGACAACAUAUCUGAUGGCUGCGUUGGAGGAAUUCGAAAGAUCGCUGCCACCAAUGGCACCAGACGAGGAUGAUUUUGUUCAUAUGCAUUGGAACAACGCCAUUCGGAUGCUCAUUCAGCGGUUCAUAGGAAUCUUACCGCGCAGGGAUCCCCUCAUUGAGAAAUGUCUGUAUGCCUCGGGGCAGAUGUGUCAGUGCUUCAAACGACUGCGGCAGCGAGAUUCGUCGGGAUAUUCUUUUCUCUUAGUCAACUCGUUGUAUAUGGCUGGAUUGACUAUUUGUCUUUGCCUCUUCCGAGCCCCCCAGCUGUGGACAGUAGCCGUGUCGAAUGAUCUGCGAGCCUGUUCUUCUGCGCUGUUCGUCAUGGCCGAGAGAAAUUCUAGUCUGAAGAAGUAUCGAGACGGCCUGGAGAUGAUCAUCAACCGCGUGAUGGAAUACGUGAAUGAUGCAGCAAAGGCCGAUUCCAUGCCAAGUGAAUCACAAACACAAGAGGAUGCUAUUCCCACACCACAUUCCGAGAGCGUCAGCGCACAGACAGAACUAACUACUGGGGAUUCUCAGCUAUCGGCUGGGUGGUUUGACUUUCAGUAUCCAUUACCCCCUAUGGGAGGAUUGACCGGACACGAUACAUAUGGACAGGGGUCUGCUGCAGCAGAUACACCUGAAUUCUGGCAUACAUUCAGCGACAUAUUCCCGGAGAUAUGGUCAAACGACCUAUUAAGCAUGGAUAUGUCCGACGGACUGAACUGGUUUACUCCGGAAUAG